ACGCGGUGUUGCGAACCUAGCUACCUGCGGUACGUAGCCCGCAAGACGGUCCUCGAAUAACUGCCUAUAGGAUGAAGAGGAAAAAUUGAAGUGGUCCAAGACGUACUCUAAAUCAGUGUAUUGAAAAACGAUCCAGAUAUUAUAAUCAUUAAAAAGACCGUUUAUUGUUGAGUGCACUGAUUUUAUCUUCAUUUUGCUGGGCAGAAAGCCAAGACAACAGUCUGCCCGACUCAGGGCAGGACUCCUACCAGCCUACCGAUUUGGAGCUUCAGAGCCAUGGCAGCUGAAGGGUCAGGAGGUGCCAAAGCAGAAUCAGUCCUCUCAUCAGCCAAUCGGAUCAAGCACGUGCCUGAAAAAACAAACUAUGCUCUCAAAUUUACUCUUGUGGGUCAUACGGAAGCAGUAUCAUCAGUUAAAUUUAGUCCAAAUGGAGACUGGCUAGCAAGUUCUUCUGCUGAUAAAUUAAUUAUAAUUUGGGGCGCUUAUGAUGGAAAACAUGAGAAAACAUUUUAUGGUCACACUCUGGAAAUAUCAGAUGUUGCCUGGUCAUCAGAUUCCAGUCUUCUUGUUUCUGCCUCAGAUGAUAAGACUCUAAAGAUUUGGGACGUGGAAUCUGGGCAAUGUCUGAAAACGCUGAAGGGUCAUUGCAAUUAUGUCUUUUGCUGCAAUUUCAACCCACCAUCCAACCUCAUUGUUUCAGGUUCUUUUGAUGAAAGCGUGAAGAUAUGGGAAGUGAAAACAGGAACGUGUCUUAAAACUUUGUCUGCUCAUUCUGACCCAGUUUCUGCUGUUCAUUUUAACUGUAAGGGGUCCUUGAUAGUGUCAGGUAGCUAUGAUGGUGUCUGUAGAAUCUGGGAUACUGCAUCAGGUCAGUGUUUAAAAACACUUGUGGAUGAUGAUAAUCCUCCUAUCUCUUUUGUAAAAUUUUCUCCUAAUGGUAAGUAUAUCCUCAUUGCAACUUUGGACAACACCCUUAAACUAUGGGAUUAUAGCAGAGGCAGAUGCCUAAAGACAUACACUGGUCAUAAGAAUGAGAAAUAUUGUAUAUUUGCUAAUUUCUCAGUUACUGGUGGAAAGUGGAUUGUAUCUGGUUCAGAGGAUAACCUAAUUUACAUUUGGAACCUUCAGACUAAAGAGAUUGUACAAACACUAGAAGGUCAUACAGAUGUUGUAAUCUCAGCAGCUUGUCAUCCUACAGAAAAUAUCAUUGCAUCAGCAGCAUUAGAAAAUGACAAAACAAUUAAAUUGUGGAUAAGUAAUUACUGAAUCCUUUAGAAAUCAUGUUAGUUAGGCAGAGUUGGCAAAAUUGGCAUAUUUUAAAAGAUGGUUUCUCUUA